UUAACUUUUGCUGCAUUCAAGCUUCCAAGUGCGUUGUAUUUUUAAUGCUCACAAGCACAGGAUUAAUGAUAAAACAUUCUAUCUGCCAGCUGCUGUGACAUACAUUGUGUUUCUUUAUUUGGAUGAAUAUUUCAAUACCUAACAUGUACACGGUCAGUUAAAUAUAACUGCAUAUAGUAUAGAUUCUUGUCACGCGGUUUGACGGAUAAAUGAUUACGAGCUUAUAAACGUAGCAGAGUAGGUUGCCCUUUCGCACUUAUCUAUGUCAUAUUUGGCUUAAACAUCAGACAUGUUUUGGAGAAACUUAAGUUUAACUCGAGCAGCAGCGACUUUCUUUUCCUUACCGUCCCGACAAGCUUUGGGUCACCGCAGCAGCCGAACCGGUGGGUGCUUAAUUCCGAACCGAGAGAGCUCCGGGAGCAGGUAUAAUGUUCCGCCGAGCGCCGAGUUUGUUGCACGGGUGUCUGGGAUCUCCACCAUGGCCAAGUUACCUUAUAGGGAGACGGCCGACGGGCUGGACGCGGCGUUCGUUGGUGUUCCGAUUGAUACUGGGACUUCGAACCGGCCAGGAGCAAGGUUUGGUCCACGCCAGAUCAGAGCAGAGUCUGCCUUGCUAAGGGCUUACAACAGUGGCACCAGGGCAGCGCCUUUCGAGUCGCUGAUGGUUGCUGACAUCGGGGAUGUAAACGUUAACAUGUACAAUUUGAAAGACACCUGCAAGCGCAUCACGGAGGCCUACAGAAAAAUCCUGGCCACUGGCUGUAUCCCUCUGACUAUGGGUGGCGAUCACACUAUUGCAUACCCAAUACUGCAAGCUGUAGCAGAGAAGCAUGGCCCUGUGGGUUUAGUCCAUGUGGACGCUCAUGCGGACACCAGUGACGUGGUUCUGGGGGAGAGGAUCAGCCACGGGACCCCGUUCAGACGCUGUGUGGAGGAGGGGCUCCUGGACUGCCGGCGGGUGGUUCAGAUCGGCCUGCGAGGGAGCGGGUACUCAGCGGACUCGUACGAGUGGAGUCGGGCUCAGGGUUUUCGUGUGGUCCAGGUGGAAGAGUGUUGGUUCAAGUCUCUCUCACCUCUAAUGUCUGAGGUGAGGGCUCAGAUGGGCGUUGGGCCGGUCUACCUCAGUUUUGAUAUUGACGCUCUUGAUCCAGGUUUUGCUCCCGGAACAGGAACACCGGAGAUAGCAGGACUCACUCCCAUACAGGGAGUUGAGAUUAUCCGAGGCUGUCGGGGUCUUAACCUUGUCGGAUGUGAUUUAGUGGAAGUUUCUCCACCUUAUGACACUACAGGAAACACCGCCUUGACUGGGGCCAACCUCCUUUUUGAAAUGUUAUGUGUUCUACCAAAAAUAAAAUACUACUGACCUGGAUGUAAUAUUUGGUGACACUUUUUACAUUUUUAAAUGUUAUCAAGGUUAACUUGGGUGCAGUUCUGUUUUAAAAAUACAUUUUCAUUUCCGAUCCAUUCUUAUUCGAAUUGUAAUUAAAUGUUGUACUUUGAUAAUUACAUAUAUUAGCAAUUUAACAUGAGCUGAAGCUCUGUCUCCUGUAAAGAACCUUAAGGUGACAUCUGUUGGGAAUUGGCUAAUAAAAUAAACUAAACUGGAGUUAAUAGAGAUGUUUAAUGUUACAAACUUUAUUUUAUGUUAAUUUAUUCCUGAAAAUUAUGCACAAUGUGACAGGGUCAGUGACAUUGACAGAGUUCUAGUUGCAUUCUGUGUUUUUUAUUUUCUGAAUUUAAAAAAAUGAUUUUACGUACCAGUAGCUACAGAAAAAGUUAGAACUUGUGGAGCCAGAAAACUUAAAAGCAGUGAAUUUCAAAAUUAAGGGAGUGUAAUUUGUUGGAUUUUUAUCAGAGCAGCAAAAUAUACACAUAAUUUUAUUGCAGUCAAAUGAUGACACAUUAAAAAGAAAAAUUUACCAUACUUAUUUUGACUCAUCCUCACCAAGGAUGCUAAUAACUGUGGACUUUGUUUUACAUUUACCUACUAAUCAUCUAUUGCCAUUUUAUUAUUAGACAUCAACAUACAAGGAAAACCUCUUGGGUUGCUUAAGGGUUAAAACAUUUAAUCUUAUAUAUUUGAAACACUUACUUUGUGUCAAUAUGCUGGAAAGCAAUAACAAUUUGACCUCUUUUCCCUUUAUUUAGCUCUACAUUAGAAUUAACACCAUAAAGAAUAAAAUUAUACAGCAUUCAGCAUAAUUAAAUGUGCAUCAAGCACUAAGGGCGUUAACCUUGUGCGACAUGGGAAGGCAAUCAUUCUUUGGCACAUUUGUUUUCUACAGCUGCACUGGUUGGCAACACACACUGUGCUAAAGUUACAUUGACUGCAUUCGGGUUCUUAGCUCUUAAAACCCAACAUCAUCUUAGACUAUUUAGAAGCAAGAAGGAACAGUAAUUUAAAUAAUAUAUUUAGAUUAAGCAUCAAAUAAGGUGCUGCAAUUAUUAACAGAUAAUGUCUCUGUACCAUCAAAGGGGUUUAGGCAAUGCUGAAAAUAAUUGCAAGCAGGAAAAAAACAAGCAGGCGGUAUUGUUUAUCCUAGAAUUACCAGUUUACUUAACAUUGUUGGAGCAUUUAUUCACAUCUUUGCUGCCAGCUGAAGGCAAGGGAGGAGUCUCUAAAUCUGACCGCUGUGGUCAGAAAGAUGCUUUAAUUAUGCGCUCACAGUCAAAGAAAAGUUCACUCCAGAAAUGAACUCUCUCGAAUGUCCAAGAGUGUCUGAAACAGGCAAACAGGAAUUCCAGCUCUGAAGCAUGCAGCUAACUUGAUUCAAGAUAUAGUUUAUAUUUAUACUUGGCUUCAUGUUAAAAGCAACACUGCUCCAAUUAUUUUUUGCAGAAGGUCUUGUAUAUUCCUAAACUCCUGUGAUAAUACGCUGUCUUUUCAAUUAAGAUGUCUAAACUAUGUUAUGUGAUAUUGGAAGCAUUAUGUUUGUACUUUGAUCAUAAAGCUAGUUGGUGGUACACUGA